UGCGUGAAGGAGGAGGAGGAGGAGAGGUGAGGGAGGCUGGAGGAGGAGGAGGUUGGCUCAUUGUUAGAGAGUGGACGAGCUGCUGAGACCACCGUUGCUGCACGUGAACCUCCCGGGAGGACCUUCCGAUCGGAGUCUGGUUUCCAUCUGCCGCCACCUUUGGUUCUUCCUGUGUGAGUCUCCUCCUGAAGCGGCACGGCCUCCCUCAGGCUGGUGGGCACCCUGCCACCCACCGUGGAGGCUGACUGGACCCAAAGCAAUGCCCCACGCUGCCGGCUUCAGCUGCGAGGAUGCUGGUGGACCGUUUCUCUGUGAUCUGAGUCGGUCAACUCGAGCCUCCUCACUCCUCUGACCUGGUGGAUGAGCCCUACGGUAGCAGAGCGCAGCCCCUCAUCCUAACCGGCCGUCUCCUGGGUGUCUUCCUCCCCCCUCGGCCCCGUGCAGACCGGGCGAUGGAUCUCCUGUGGGUGCUCUCCGUGUCGAUGCUGGCCGCCUGCGUGGCCAUCCCCAUGGACGCGGCGGCGGGGAGCCACAGCCUGUUCACCUGCGAGCCCAUCACCCUGCGCAUGUGUCAGGGGCUGCCGUAUAACUCCACCUUCAUGCCCAACAUCCUGAACCACUACGACCAGCAGACGGCCGCCCUCGCCAUGGAGCCGUUCCAUCCCAUGGUGAACCUGCAGUGCUCUCCAGACCUCAGGAUGUUCCUGUGCGCCGUCUACGCCCCGGUGUGCACCGAGUACGGUCGGAUGACCUCGCCCUGCCGCCGCCUCUGCCUGCAGGCCAAGAGCGACUGCUACAAGCUGAUGGACAUGUUCGGCGUCAGCUGGCCCGAGGAGAUGGACUGCAGCAGGUUCCCGGACUGCGACGAGCCCUACCCCCGAGCCGUGGACCUCCUGUCCGGCUCAGACGCCACCGAGUCGCCCGCCUCCGUCCACAGGGACUACGGCUUCUGGUGUCCCCGCGAGCUGAAAAUCGAGCCCGAGCUGGGGUACUCCUUCAUGGGCGUCCGGGACUGCUCCCCUCCGUGCCCCAACAUGUAUUUCACCCGCGAGGAGCUGACGUUCGCCCGCUACUUCAUCGGGGUGGUGUCCAUCGUGUGCCUGUCCGCCACGCUCUUCACCUUCCUGACCUUCCUCAUCGACGUGUCCCGCUUCCGCUACCCGGAGCGGCCCAUCAUCUUCUACGCCGUCUGCUACAUGAUGGUGUCCUUGGUCUUCUUCCUGGGCUUCCUGCUGGAGGACAGAGUUUCCUGUAACGCAGCCACGCCCGGCAGGUUCAGGGCCUCCACCGUGACUCAAGGCUCCCACAACAAGGCCUGCACUCUUCUCUUCAUGGUGCUGUACUUCUUCACCAUGGCCGGCAGCGUGUGGUGGGUCAUCCUGACCAUCACCUGGUUCCUGGCAGCGGUUCCUAAGUGGGGCAGCGAGGCCAUAGAGAAGAAGGCGCUUCUCUUCCACGCCUGCGCCUGGGGCGUCCCGGGCGUCCUGACCGUCUCGCUGCUCGCCAUGAACAAGAUCGAGGGAGACAGCGUGAGCGGCGUGUGCUUUGUGGGCCUUUACAACCUGACCGCUCUGCGCUGGUUCCUGCUGGCACCGCUGGGACUGGAUGUGGUGGUGGGCGUCGUCCUGUUGCUGGCCGGCAUCGCUGCGCUUAACCGCGUCCGCAUGGAGAUCCCGCUGGAGAAGGAGAACCAGGAGAAGCUGGUGAAAUUCAUGAUUCGUAUCGGCGUGUUCUCCGUCCUCUACCUGGUUCCUCUGCUGACCGUCAUCGCCUGCUACCUUUACGAGAGCAGCUACCGCACCAUCUGGGAGACAACCUGGGUGCAGGAGAAGUGCAGAGACUACCACAUCCCCUGCCCGUAUAAGGUGGAGAGCACCAGCCGGCCCGACCUGGCCCUCUUCCUCAUCAAAUACCUGAUGAUGCUGAUCGUGGGGAUCCCCUCGGUGUUCUGGGUGGGCAGCAAGAAGACCUGCUUCGAGUGGGCCAGCUUCUUCCACGGCAAGAGACGCAAAGAAGCAUUAACCCCCUGUCCCACCGCCUGCUCCACCCACUCCUCCAUCCUCUCCUACCACACCCACCUCCCUACCACCUUCCCCCUCUCCCUCCCCACCCUCCUGCGUCUCUCCCUCCCCAUUCUCCCCUCCUCCUCCUCGUCUUCCUCACUGGCCUCCUCCCUCCCCCGCUGCAGGGGGAUGGUCAACGACAGCCGCCACGUGCUCCAGGAGCCCGACUUCGCCCAGCUGCUGUACAGGGACCCCAACACGCCCAUCGUCAGGAAGUCCAGGGGCACGUCCACCCAGGGGACCUCCACCCACGCCUCCUCCACCCACCUGGCUAUGCUGGACGAGCCCCCCAGCGCCAGCACCAGCCGGGCGGGGUCGGUACGCAGCGGGCGCUCCAAGAUGAGCAGCUACCAUGGCAGCCUGCAGCGCUCCAGAGACGGCAGACACACAGCGGCCAGCCUGCAGGCGGCAGAGGAGCGGCCCUACGGCACCACGCCCCGCCUCAGCACCAACCGGCUGGACAGCCUGUCCAGGCACGACUCCACCCUACGACUGGACAGCCAGUCACGGUACAGCAGCAUCAGAGACCUGAGCGGCGCCACGCAGGCGGCUCUCGGCGUCCCCGGGAACGGGAUCCUCAGGAUGCUGGGGGAUGAUGGAGCUGCGGCCUAAAGUGACCCGCAGCGUGCUGGAACCGAGCGACGCGGCGGUGAGAGCAGGAAGGCAGGCAAAGCUCGGGUUCUACAACGUAAAGAAUGUACGAGGAGAACCAGACCCGUGGAGAUCUGUCCGGGGUCGGAUUGGGACCUCGCCACCAGACCCUCCAUGCAGUCGGACCGUCUGGAUGGUUGCCUUAAUGUGUCUCAGCUCUAUCUGCCAGCCCAGCUGAUCCAAAAAGUAACCCUUCCAGCUGAUUGUUGCCAGGUUUACUGACAAAUGGAGACUAAAACUUUACAUCUGGACCUAAACUUCUGAGCCUGACAAAAACAAAAUGUGAAUUUUUUUUUUUACUUUUAUAAUCUGUGACUUUAAAAAGGGUGAAACAUACGAGAAAGCAGCUCUGUCCUCCAGUGUGGACUUCCUGCCGCUCAAGAUAUUAAAGCAGGAUUUUCCCCUCCA